CUCCACACCGAAAAAACAGAGGGGUCCCUCAGAAGCUUUCUUGUUUGCCUUUUCCCCCAAUUACCUUCCUCCAUCGUGUUCUGUUGCCGGUGAUCUUCAGCUCGCCGGAGAGAUGAAUAUUCCGGCGAACCUUUCUUUGUUAUCGAUGAACAAUGCUCGUCUCUCCGAUCAUCGCCGUCAUGUUUUUCACGAAAACCCUGGCCUUAAAAUAGCGAUCUCCUUCCUUUCUCGCUUUUUUUAGAAGCUAUUCGACGCUUCUUCUGUGUGUCUUGAGAAAAGUAUCGGUUUCUCGGUGUCGCGUAGGGUGGUAAAUAAAUUUUGGCAGUUUUUUUUUUUUUUGGGUUUUCUGUUGGUUGAUCGGUUAAAAGGCGAGUUGAUUCUGUGAGUGGUUGUUUUUUAGCUGACCAGAGUUGUAGGUGAUGAAUGUUUGUUGACUGGGUUACUGCUUGGAUUUGCUUAGUAUUCUAGCUCGUUCUGGUUCUUCUUCGCUGGAAAAAGAGAGGAGUCUUUCAAUUUCGAUGUACAUUUUCAGAAUCUGUGUCUGGCUUUGUCGCUUUAAUACUUGACCUUUUUAUGAGCAAGUGAAGUUCAUUGAGCUCUGAAAAUGGAGCAGAGCUGACGCAGAGUGGUACAGUUUAGUGUAAUUACGAGUCUGUGAAAAAGAGAGGUAGAAAGGACCCGGGUUUUCAGAUCAUCUUCUUCAAAAUUUUCUCAGCCAUGCCUCCGAUGAAAAUACAGCCAAUUGAUGUUCCUGUCGAUUCCCAGAAAUUGAAGGAUGCAGCUGUAAGAAACGAUGCAGCGAAACCAGUGUUGAAGUCGCGGCUCAGGAGGCUGUUCGUGUUCGAUCGGCAGUCUCCAAGCGUUUUGAAGACUUCCUCGGCGGAGAAAUCCAUCGGCGGUGACGCUCAGAAUCAGAAAGAUGGAGGAGGAGGCUCGGAGUUCGAGCCCAGCUCACUUUGCUUGGCUAAAAUGGUGCAGAAUUUCAUGGAGGAAAGUAACGAGAAACAGCCACCUGCACAGAAAUGCGGCCGCAAUCGCUGCAAUUGUUUCAACGGGAACAGUAAUGACAGUUCCGACGAGGAAUUCGACUUGUUCGGUACUUUCGGCGAAUCAAGCACCGGCGGAUCAUUCAGUGAGGCCGCCGACGUGGUGAAGGGUUUGAUUUUAUGCGCUAGUGUUGCCGAGAGGAAUCUGUUAGCUGACACUGCGAAGAUCGUUGAGAACAACAAGGUCCAUAAACGUAAAGAUGAUUUGAGAAAGAUCGUUACCGAAGGCCUUUCUUUGCUUGGCUACGAUUGUUCCAUCUGUAAAUCCAAAUGGGACAAAACCCCAUCUUGCCCUGCUGGUGAAUACGAGUAUAUCGAUGUCAUCGUUGAAUCUGAGAGAUUGUUGAUAGACAUCGAUUUCCGAUCAGAGUUCGAGAUAGCUCGAUCGACGGGUGCUUACAAAAGCAUCCUUCAAUUACUGCCUCACAUUUUCGUCGGAAAAUCAGAUCGCCUUAGUCAGAUCAUAUCGAUCGUAUCAGAGGCAGCGAAGCAGAGUCUUAAGAAGAAAGGGAUGCACUUUCCGCCGUGGAGGAAGGCGGAGUAUAUGCGAGCCAAGUGGCUGUCUUCCCCCUGUACUAGGACCAAGCAACCCCCAUCGUCCUCCUCCGUCCCAUCUGACGUCGUUUCGGAAUCGCAGACCUCGAAAAAGGGGGACGUGAUCGGCUACGGCGACGGCGACGAUGACUCCGCGACGACGGAGGAUGUUUGUGGCGAGUUGGAGUUGAUAUUCGGCGAGAAAAAUUCUCUGCCGGAUCCGGAGCCGGAGGCUGAUCCUGGCGACGAGACCACCAAGCCGGCGGUAGUCAUCACGGAGUCACCGUCGUGGCAGCUGCCGGCGAUCAAACCGAAGAGUAUUGAGAAAGGAACCAAGGUCGUCCCCGGAUUAGCCUCUCUCCUCAAAGAGAAACCUUCGAAGUAAAAUUUUGGACGUCGUACCUUUUUUUUUUUUUGCCCUCUCCCUAAUCCUUAAGCAAAAGCAUAUAAUGAGAGAAAUUCAGAUAAAUGUCUCUCUCCUUUUUUUUUUUUAAUUUCAUUUUAUUUUUGUCAAUUUUGUUUUCCUGAUGUUUAAAGGAUGUAGGGAGAUGUUUCGUAAGAAGCCAACUAUAUGAUCCAUGUAAUAAAAUACAUUGUAGAAAGGUAAGGAUUUUAUGUACAAAUUGUGACAA